UUUCGGUGUAUUUUUUUCUGAGCAGGACAGCGGCUGGCGGCGCCAUAUUGAAAGAAGAAAUUUGCUCCGUAAAACGCUCAAAACGUGAAAAUUAGCACGAUGCUGUACCUGGAGGACUAUCUCGAGAUGAUCGAGCAGCUUCCCAUGGAUCUCCGCGACAGGUUUACGGAAAUGAGGGAGAUGGACCUGCAGGUUCAGAACGCCACAGAUCAGCUGGAGCAGAAGGUCAUCGAGUUCUUCGUCAACGCCAAGAAGAACAAACCCGAGUGGAGGGAAGAGCAGAUGGAGGUCAUCAAAAAGGAUUAUUACAAAGCUCUGGAAGAUGCAGACGAGAAGGUCCAGCUGGCCAAUCAGAUCUAUGAUCUGGUGGACCGUCACCUGCGUAAGCUGGACCAGGAGCUGGCCAAGUUCAAGAUGGAGCUGGAGGCCGACAACGCCGGCAUCACCGAGAUUCUGGAGAGACGGUCUCUGGAGAUGGACAGCCCGUCUCAGCCGGUCAACAACCACCACGUCCACUCACACACCACCGCCGAGAAGAGGAAGUACAGCGCUCCGACGCACCACACCACAGAACACGUUCCAGAGAAGAAGUUCAAGUCUGAAGCUCUGCUGUCCACCCUCACUUCAGACGCCUCCAAGGAGAACACGCCAGGCUGCCGGACCAACAGCACGUCCUCGUCCACCAACAACGUGUACAGCGUGAACUCCUCUCAGCCCCUGGCCUCCUACAACGUGAGCUCUCUACCUGCGGGCCCCGGGGCCGGAGCCGGGGCCAUCACCAUGGCAGCCGCCCAGGCCGUCCAGGCCACCGCACAGAUGAAGGAGGGCCGCAGAACGUCCAGCCUCAAGGCGAGCUACGAGGCCAUCAAGAACAACGACUUCCAGCUUGGCCGAGAGUUUUCUCUGUCGCGGGACAACACCGGAUACUCGUCCUCUGCUCUGGCCUCCACCCUCACCCAGACCCUCACCCCCACCACCGCCUCCGACUCCAGGGGCCGCAAGUCCAAGAGCACCAUCAAGUCUUCCAACCAUCAGUCCUCCUCCUCGUCCUCCUCUUCCUCGCUCUCGUCGUGCUCUUCAUCGUCGGCGCUGGCUCAGGAGCUUUCACAGCAGGCGUCAGCGCUGCCCGAAGCCGAGGCCAACAGCCAGGUGGACUGGACCUACGACCCCAACGAGCCCCGAUACUGCAUCUGUAACCAGGUUUCUUAUGGAGAGAUGGUCGGCUGCGACAACACAGACUGUCCGAUCGAGUGGUUCCACUACGGCUGCGUGGGCCUGACGGAGGCGCCGAAGGGGAAGUGGUACUGCCCUCAGUGCACCGCCGCCAUGAAGAGGAGAGGCAGCCGCCACAAAUAGACUCAGCCCGGCGGCGGUGGCGGCCAUGUUGGAUCAGGUCGGAGGUCAACAGGUGGCUGCAGACAAACACACUGACCACAAGAACUUUGUGCCAACAUCUCUGGAGCUGAAGGAUUCACAGCCACAUGGGGGAAUCAUUUGAGUUCUGGGAGAGCGUCUGGAGUUAAACUCUGUAGCUUCAGUCAACACUAAACAGUUUAAAUCCAGAAAACUACAGCAGUUCAGUCCUCUUUAUCUUCUUGGUUUGUCAAGACUGUCGCAGGGAAAUGAUUUAAAUAUCAAAGUUUGACUUUACUGAACAAAAACAGGAACUAUUCUCAUAGCGGUACUGAUUAUCGGUCAUCAGGGAGACCAGAACGCUGGUGUCAGACACAAACUUAAACCCAAAGCUUAGUUUAAACGUCUGUUUAUGUUUUGCUCGUUUCAUUCAAAGAGAACUGAUCCCUGAUCGGCUGCAGCACGUGAACGCAGCGCAUUUUAAGUUGUUUUAUCUAAAAAAAAAAAUAACCGUAAAGAUAAACAGAACAAUUCUGAACAGACAAUAAAAGUUAGUUUAACCAUCCUGACUUCAUCUGAUCAACCUUAGCUUCAUCUCAAAAUCCUGACUUUAUUAAUCCCAGCUUUGUUUGAUCAGAGUUAACUCUGCGUUUAGGCUUUUAUCUCAUAAAUAGAGAUAAAUAAUUAAAAAACACAUUAUUUCUGUCUUCACUGGGUCCAUCUUGGCGUUACAGAAAUUAUGUCAGAAUUUCUCCACUUUGUUUACAAAUAAUACAUUAAUUAGAGUUUUUCAGGUUUUAUUGACAGAACCAAACUUUUCUCGACCAUUUUAACAUUUUUAAAUUUGUUUGUCUGCGGAGCACCUCGGUGUCCUUUUUUCAAACCACAGAACACUAAACAUGAAACUUUCUGCUGCGUAAUUUUCUCCUGCAGGACAAACGAGUGUCCAGAUUUACUGUAAAACAAUCUGCUCGGUGAAGUGAACUGUUUAAACAAAUGUUCUUCUGCCGUCGAGCUCAGCUGGAGACUCCAGAGGUCACAGUUCAGGGGUUAGAGUUUACCGUCUGCCUGCAGGAGGAGCUGAACCUUCACGGUCGAGUCAGAAAGAAGUUUUAAAUAAUCCUCACGCUUUCAUUUCUUUUCCCUAAACUCCAGCUUAAAGCUUCAGGUUUUCCCUUCAACUCUUUGUUUCCUGGAUUCCUCACCGUCUGUAGUUCCUUCAAUCUCAGAGUUCCGUCUUCAGAUUAACCUCAGAGCUGAAAUCAUUUUCCCACGAGGCCGUGCUCCUCCCUCCCGCUACAAGAACUACAAACAGGACGAGCUGUCGGACUACAACUAUGGACGCCUCCGUCAGCAGUGCCGAGCCUCUUCUGACCUGAAGAUGUUUGGCAGAAUGUACAGAGUCAGACGGCUGCAGCAGCCCGAGAGUGUGUGUCUGUGAGUGUGUAGUCUGUGUGAGUCCACGUGUGUGUGUGUGUGUGUGGUGUUUGUGUGAGUGUGUGUCGUUUGUUUGUUUGUUUGUGUGUUUGUGUCCACAGAUGUUUAAAAAGAAAAAGUCCAAUAAAAUGAUCAGGAUGUUUUGGUAAA